UUUUUUUUUCUUCAUCUCUAGGUAGUUGAUCUAUUAGUAUCAAUGUGUCGGUCUGCAUUAGAGUCACCUAGGAAAGUUGUUAUUUUUGAGCCAUAUCCUUCUGUAGUUGAUCCUAAUGAUCCUCAGAUGCUGGCCUUUAACCCUAGGAAGAAGAAUUAUGACCGAGUCAUGAAAGCGUUGGAUAGUAUAACUUCUAUUAGAGAGAUGACACAGGCACCUUACUUGGAAAUAAAGAAGCAGAUGGAUAAACAAGACCCACUUGCACAUCCUCUUCUACAAUGGGUUAUUUCUAGUAACAGAUCACAUAUUGUGAAGCUACCAGUGAAUAGGCAACUAAAGUUUAUGCACACUCCACACCAGUUCCUGCUUCUCAGCAGUCCACCAGCCAAAGAAUCCAAUUUCCGAGCUGCUAAAAACCUUUAUGGAAGUACCUUUGCAUUUCAUGGUUCACACAUUGAAAAUUGGCAUUCUAUCCUGAGAAACGGCUUAGUUGUUGCUUCCAAUACGAGGCUGCAGCUCCAUGGUGCAAUGUUUGGAAGCGGCAUCUACCUUAGUCCAUUGUCAAGCAUAUCAUUUGGUUACUCAGGGAUGAACAAGAAGCAGCAGAAGGUGUCAGCUAAAGAUGAACCAGCUUCAAGCAGUAAGGGCAGCAACACAUCACAGUCACAGAAGAAAGGACAACAGUCACAAUUUUUGCAAAGCCGUAACUUAAAAUGCAUAGCCUUAUGUGAAGUGAUAACCUCAUCUGAUCUGCACAAACAUGGAGAGAUUUGGGUAGUUCCCAACACAGAUCACGUGUGUACAAGGUUUUUCUUUGUUUACGAAGAUGGUCAAGUGGGUGAUACAAGUAUAAAUACACAGGAGCCGAGCAUUCAUAAAGAGAUUCUUCGAGUUAUUGGCAAUCAAACUGCUACUGGUUAAAAGGACCACUCUUACUUAAUUGAUGUGGUUUGGAAGCCUUCCUCAGUCUCAAAGCUGGAUUUUGAACUGAAGAAGAUGCAAAAAAAACCCUAAUUUAUUAUUAUUAUUAUUAUUCUAAGCAAAUUAACCCUUUGAAUACUUACUGUUUUCUUACUUAGUGUUUCUUAUCUCAUCAAAAUACCUGAGAUGGUAUGAAUUAACAACUGUUGGGGUGCAAAGUCGAUUAACAUACUACAACUAACAAUAAUUAAACAGGCAUUUGGGUUGCUCACAAUAAACAGACUUUAAAAAAAGGAGUUUUGUGCUGAUAUUUUUAUAUUAAAUUAUUCAGUUGGAGGUUUUAGUACUGUACACUGGUCUUUUAAAUUUAGAAUGACUGAAUUAUGUGCAAGUGAGAAGAUUAUAUAGCAGAGCACUUGUAUUAUGCAGGAUACUUUGCAGUAAGUAAAAUAUUCUCAUAUUUAAACACAAUAAAGUGUUGUCUGGAACAUGUCAAAUCAAAGAGAUUGGUUACCUGCAGCUAUCUUCAAUUCAUUUCAUUUUACACAGGUGCAGCCAGGAUUUAGAAUCAGAGGUUAAAACAGUGCAGUUUUGGCAUAAUGUGUGAAACAAAGAAAACUAAUGUCUCUGAGGAUGUAUGUUGAAACACCGUCAUAUCCACUCAGCAGCUCAAUUAAAAUUUUUAAUUAGGCAAGCUUAGAAAACAUCCAGAAAUCCAGAAGCUAUUAACUUUCUUCUUACAAAUUUGUUUUUAUAUACUAGAUUUGGUAAGUUUUUUCAAAUCAGUAAGGUCCUUUAUCUUUUCCAUCUGGACUUCUGUGAGAUUACUCUGUGGUUAAAUUUAGCCAGAUAGGUAAAAGUACCUGCUAAAUUAGAGCUUUAACAUGAUUAAUUGCUAUUUUUACAUCAGGAAACGUAAACACAAAAUAUACUGAUUUCACCAAGUGAAAGUCUUUUUAUUAAUUUAUUCCUAAGGAAAAACAAACACGUUCACAUCUUUGGUGUUUGAACUAGCAGCUACUUUUCCCAAGUAAGCACAAUGGCAACUUGGGUCCGAAGCCUAAAGCAUAUCCUGUGCCCUGGGCAGCUCUCACAGCAGCCAUCCUGCAGCAUCUCACCUUAAAUAUGGAGAGCAAUUCAACUUGCCUGUCUGUGCCCUGAGAAAGGGUGCCUCGAAAAGUAAAAAUAGCCUAAAUUCUCUACUAGUUAUCUUUGUUAAAUAGCAGUACAGCAGAGGCCCAGUUAGUGUUUUUCUUUUAAAUAGAAGUGCAUUAAGAUUAUGUUCACAUUUACUCCUUUAUUCUUUAUUUACUCCUCCCUUAUUACUUGCUGCAAUUGAAAUGCCCUGCAUGUAAAAUGGUAUUGUUGUACUUACCUGGAGAUGUUGGGUUUUUUUUGUAUGUGUUCCAGGCUUGCUGUGAACCUCAGUUUUUCUGGGUUCACAUCCAGACUUGUCAACACAAAUCUUUUUUCAAAGCCCCAUUUUGCUCUUCAAUUUUUGCUAUUUGACAUUCACCUUUAUUUGGCAGACCCCUCAUUUGAAAACCAGUAUCUUGAUUGUUAUUUUUUAUAUUGAGACACUGGUUAAAUUCUUGAAACAAAGAAAAUUCUUGAAAUAUUUCAGUCUACAUAAGGACUGCAUUAGUUUGAGUAGCUGCACAAAAUCAGCAUUGUUCAGAAGUGGAGCUGAAAACCUGUGCCCAUCCCUCCAUAGUUGGUCCUGCAGUAUGUCCAAAUUGCUCUCUUUUUGCAGAACAGAAAGACCUCAAAGAUGUCCUGCAUUGACUUGUUUGGCUUACAGUUUGCCAGUAUGAGAGGCCUCCUCAAAAAAUUAGGAAAUAACAAAAUAUCACCAUGUAUAAACUGGAGAAGCCAAAUAAGCAGGCAUAUUUUCUUAGUUCCUUGAAGCUGCAGCAGAGUCACAAGUGAACCACUUUAGAAGAAGCUGAGAGGUGUAGCUUUAGAAACCAAAGAGUGUAGCUACGGCAGUGAAUUAAUCUUGCUUUGCACAGUGAUGUCAAGUUGCUUGUCAUUUCUUUUUGCCUUCAUAAGUACUGUCAUAAGUACUGAAAAGGGGAGAAAAAACACACAUAUGCCGAAUUUUAAGACUGCUCAAAAUACUGUUGUGUAUGGAAGAGAGAAAGGGGAAGUGUGAAGGAAAGCAGAGCUCAGAGUUGUAUGAGAAGACCUUGCUGCUGUAGAGUGGCAACAAUACUUCAAGGAGCUUUGAGAGCAGUGGCUGAAGUCUGGGGACAAUAAAAGAUGAUCAAGAGUAAUGGUGAGCAUAGGCAUUACAAUUCACUAACGUACCAUUAGCAGCUCAAAUCCCAUUUGUGUGGUGGGGAAAAAGGAUGGGGCUAACAAAGCAGCAGUAUUGUGCCUGGGGGAACUGGGCCAUCUGGAAGGCCAAUCUCCAAGGACUCAAGCCCAGUAUUGCAAGUAAAGCAAUGGAAUUAAAUGACAGUUAUCACAAUUCACUUGCUACACAGUAACUCAGUCAAUUUUUUAAUUAGCCAAAAUGGGAAACCUCUUGGUGUUACUUCAUUUACAGGUGAAAAUAAGUCUUCAGAUUGUUCCCCUAUAGAAGUCUCUGUUCUUAUUGUUGUUUUUUUUUUAAAGAUUAAGGAAAAGGGGGAGGUUCUGUGUGGACUUACUUGUUAGUCAAAAAUAGAUAGCCUUUCUGUAGCAAACUUCAAAAUUUAAACAAAUAAUAAUUGAAACAAAUAUAAUCUUUUCACAAAUAGCUUUUAAUCACAGAGAAAAAAAGAGCCCCAGACUCUAUUACUCUUCUUGGUAGAAAUCUCCAUGAAGCUGUGACUCUGUGCAGCAUGGAGGAACUGAGGGAGUUCCUGAGAUGGAACUUUCUAACUUAUUUCUACAUCCCACACCAAAUUAAAAACACACAAAUCUGAGGGUUUGAUGGAGAAAUUAUGUUAAUAUUUUAAUGUUGCACCCUAACUAGAAAUCGACCUAUUUGUACUUCUGUAAGUAUUUUAAACAUUGAGAAAGGAAUCAAAAAAGAUGCUUUUAAAUCUUUCUUGAAAUUCAGUAUUUAGCAUUCAAGGGGUUAAGCAACUUGGGUUAUUUUCUUAUAUAAUAUAUGAUCAGCAUAACUAUUUUCUUCAGCAGUGCUAAGCUGUUUUGAUCACCUAAGUAUUUGGCUCUGCAUUACUAAUCAUAUAAUAGCCAAUUUGUAUGAUAUUCUGCUUAAUGUUUUAGAGGAACUAGUUGAUCACACCAGAAUUGUUUAUGCUUGUGUUUUCUCUAAAGCCCUUGAAAAACUGUUACUGAUGCUGUAUAAUUUUAAUAUUAUAGCUGUUGGUACUAAAAAUGCAUCUGUUGAAUAAUGCUAAGAUUAUGCUUUUGUUAAUACAAACAGAAGAUCACUUCCAAAUGAAGACUUUGGGCUUAGUUCAAUUGUACUAUGCUUAUAAAUAACUUUCUACUUUGGAAAUAUUUAACAUACUUUCAACAUUGAUAAGUACAAAGUGGAAAAAAAAAAA